AUGUUGUCGCCAGGUCUGUUGAAUCAGCUGGAUCGCAUCCCAUCAAUCGUCCAUGAUCCAUCCCCACGUGGUGCCUCCAGCCCACAGACGGCCAUCAAGCGUAAGACCCCAGAGCCAACGUGGGCAGCCUCCACCACCUCCUCAUCACCGCCUCGAGGUACACCAGGCAGUGGUGGUGGGCUGGGGCAUGGCCAUGGUCAUGGGUUCGGAUUGGGAUCCGAGUCAACCCCGCCCGGUGGUCUCCAUCAAAUCUUAGAGAUGAUGGAACAAUUCCUGAAUAGUGGCGCCACAUUAGGCGGAGACGGUGGCGCCAUUCAACUCCGCUUUCCCCGAGACCAAUAUUUAAACUUCAUUUGUAUAUAUAAAGGCUGUAAAUUUCCAAUUCGAUCCAAGUCACUGCAUCAGUACAUUGUUCACUUGAAAGUACAUGAUGAACAAAAGGAUGUGCUGAUGGAGGACAUGCUGUUUGAUCGCGCCUUUGGCGGCCAGGCCGAGGAGGACGUUGAUGCAGACCAGCACAUCCUCCGCCAUGCAAUGUCCUACGCCCAUGAGACAAUGGCUCGAUUCCAAUCGCUCUACUCCUUCUACGAUAUGCCAGCCGUUGUCUCUGCCGUAUCGACCACACCCGGUGGACUAUAUCCCUAUCCCCCACGACACCGCGAGGCGGCAGUAGCCAGCACCACCAACACCACCACUACCAUGGUAGUGGCGACGAGAUGA